AUGAUGCCGAGCAUGAACGUUAUGUUGCAGUGGACAGCCAGCCGCGUUGUUAGUUCCCUCAGCCCCGAGGACUUCCACGAGCCGAUGGAGGUGACGCACGCUGCAAUAUGUCGCGUGCCAAAUGUGCUUCUUGUUGUCGGGUCUGGCAUGCCUGUGAAUAAUGUUUUUAUGGGCUCUUUUGUCAUUGUUGCGAAUGAGGCUGCGGCUGUACCGGAAGUAAAGCAGCUGCUCGUUGACCCUUAUGGUUUGAGUCCCAGCUGGAGUGGGAAACACGCUAUACGGGCGUUGUGGACGGCGUAG